GUGGGAGAGAGAGAGAGAGAGAGAGAGAGAGAGAGAGAGAGAGAUAAAGAGGAAGCAAAUAGUAAGAGGAUCUAGACACUGGUUAUACAGGCCUGACUCCAGCACGUGUAUGUUGGACUACCAGCACACCAACAUAAGGCUGCACUAAAAAGAAAGAGCGAGCGAGAAAGAGUGUGGGAGAAAGAGCGAGCGAGAGAGAGUGUGGGAAAAAGCGCGAGCGAGAGAGAGUGUGGGAGAAAGAGGAAGAGAAAGGCUGGGUCUUUCCGGCUUAGAUUAAAGCAAGUUAACACCCCAAGAGCAGCGGCAUUUGCAAGCCCCAGGGAGGAACUGUAAACCGAGCACGUGUAGAGAAAUACUGAUGACUCUUCGUAAGGACUGCACGUGUCUAAUGGUCUGCUGAACUUCAGCAAAGAAGGCCUUGCACUCCUCCAAGUAGCGCCCGAGGUUUAUCACACCUCCCUGCACGCCCCGCCAGUGCCCUGACCCCGCCCCAGCACGCUGACCGUGAGGUGUCAGCGUGAGCGCAGGCUUCUACAGGGACAUGAUGUGUGGCCCGCACUUUGUUCUGAGCACUCUGCUGCUCUCGCUGUUCCUGAGCACAGCUGAAACAGAGGAGUUUCGUGCUGUCAGCGAGAUGCCAUCGAGCAGGGGGCUUCUCAUAUCCCAGAGUGUUGGGGUUAUGACAAUCUCAGCUGGGAGGGAUGUGGAGUUGCUAUCCUCAGGUGAAAGCACUAGCACUAAGGAGUCAACCCUGACCUCUGCUGUCAACAGAAUAACCGUCACGGGGCUCCUCGGCACAAGCACGUCUGGGCUGGGAUCGGCCAAACCCAUGCCAGAGGACAGCACCAUGACAACAGAGGCCAUUUCCAUGACAACCAGUGCUGCAGAAACCACGCUGAUGCUGACAGGUGCCCCAACGUAUGCUGUCGUGACUUCCCAGACUUCAACAGCCGUGGUGACGGAGGCAGGGACCAACGCGAAGACGUCCAAAAUGACCCAUGAGCUUGCUGAUUCAAAGCUGACGACUUCACCACAACAAGAGAACAAUGGUGGAGUAACGGACGCUCUUAGCAGUACUGCAGAAUCCUUACGCAGCUCUUCAAAACCACCAACCCCGGCUCUGACGACAGCAACAACCACUGCCCUGACCACCGCGGCCAUGAAACCAUCGGAGGCUGUUUCUACGCCCUUACUUCCCAUUGGGAAGACUGCACCCGGAGUCAAGACCACCUCUGAAACGACCCAGAAGCGAACUGGGACGCUCCAGGCCCCUACCCACGCUAGUGAGACCACAUUCGCUGCCAUUGAUACAAUUCCAGGUUUGAAUGUCCAAUCGGACAAAAAAGACAAAGAUGCAGGUUCUGGUUGGCUAAUUGUUGCUGUCGGUGCUGCAGUGGUGUCUGUUCUUGUCGUGGCUGCAUUCUGCAUCGUGUUCAUCAAACACAGGAAGAAAAUCAGCAGACGAUCCGGACGCAUGAACGUCUGGGGGAGGUCCCAGAAGAGAAAAGGGGCCUAUGACGAUGCCUGGGCGGGGCCUGCGAAGCUGGAGGGCAGAGAGAACGCGGAGUGCGACGGUCCGGAGGCGGGGCCUGGACAGGGAGCCGAGAAGAACGCAGAAGACACGGACGGGAUGCUCAGCACGUUUCUGGCCUCAGGAGAAAACGGAGUGGGCUGCGAUGGAUCCAAGGAGGCCCGGAAGUGGGAGGAGCAAGAACCUCUGCUGUACAUCGACGAGGGCGUGAAGCAGGAGGAGAAGGAACAGGAAGGGGCGGAGAAAGCGAAGCAGGAGGGACCGGAAGAGCAAGGGGGCAGACUGGGAGACACGGAAGCAAGGAAGAGCGAGUUGAACGGGGAAACUUUUUGUCUCACCACUGCCGUGUGAAAAUGAUGAACUGGGUCUCUCUUUGAUCCAUUUUAUGGUAUAGCUCACCUUGCUGUAGAAUUCUGCUACCUACUGUAUGUAAAUUGAUCUUACAUAUCAUGGAUUAUAUAUAAUAAUUUGUGCUGCUGUGUUAGUACUGCUGACAAUGUAGGUUUUUAAGAUAAGAUAAAAAAUGAAAUUAGCAAAAUAACAAAAUAUUUCUACUUUGACAUAAAUAUAAACUGUAUUUUAUAAUUAAAAUAUUUUAUAUACAAAUACACACGGGGACACACAGACAUUAUCGAUUAAAUAUAUUAAGCAUACAAUUGCAAUUCUCAAUUCUGUAAAGUAAAUAUUUAUCUUUUUAAUAUCAAGAGGCUAAUAUCAGAUUGCAUAAUGAAGUCACACAGCGCAAUACUUCCUGUCAAAUUUGACCAAUCCCCUGUCACAUGACGUAUGUUUCAAAGACACUAAAAAGCUCUUCUAUAAAUCGCGACUGCCAAAUGCUGUACAUGUAGACGUAAAUGUAAGUAGUACUUUUACUAGACAAGCGUUCUCCUUAUUAUGACCACAACGUGCCACUAGAUGGAGCUAGUGAGUACACUGUCCAUUUAUGGAGAGUAAUGGAGAGUGUGAGGUAUAGUCAUUUUGUUUAAGUCAAACCGUAAUAAUUGGUGUAUCUACCCCAAACACAUGUGGUUAUAUAAGAUCAUUUGCCUGAUUAUUUCAAUUUUUUAUUGGCCAAUAUAAAGACAUUUGUAUAUUCAAUAUAAAGACGUGUGUGCGGGUGUGUAUGUGUGUGCUUGAGAAACCAAUAAAGAAUGUGGAAAAUUGACAAA